UUGGAAGUAGCGGCAAAAAAUUUCUCCGCAUUCCAUGUCUGCCCGGCCUGCACCUUGCCUGGGCUGCGCGUAAAAUGUAUAAACAAACACCUGGGCCUUCAUUCCGGCCCAUUUCAUUUCUCCCUCCCCGCUCACUUUCACUGAUCGUCGAUCCUACCGCGAGCAACGGCAGACUAGGUAUUCUCCGGUGGUUCAGUUACGGGCGGAGCAGCCAAAGGGUUCACGAAACCCCUUCUUCUCCUCCACCAAAUUCCGAUACAAUAGCCCGCCGCCUAACUCCCAUCAUCUCUACCACGAGUCUGUCGAAGGAAUUUCAACCACGUCGUGGUACGCCGUCGAAGCUAAUUGCUUUAAUUCCCACAUUUGUAUCUGCUUCGAGCUCCUGCCGCGAAGGGAGGGAAGAUGAACAAGUGAAGACCCAGUUAUCACACCAAUAUCUGCAAUCGAAUUGAAGUCAUCAUCCCAAUUCCACAAAGAACAGAGAUCGGACGUACCAUAGCCAAAGAGGCACGAUGCUUGAUCUUUUGCUCCCUAUUCAUGAAAUGGAUACAGUUGCCCGCUUCAUCAUCCGAGUCUUCACCGCUGCCUCGCCGCCUGCGCAGCCUUCGACUUUCACGGCCACUUUUGAUCCCAGCAAUCCGCUAGGGAUCGUGGAGAAACUCUUCGACUUCCUGGCCGCGGAGAGCGACUACCUCUUGAAGGACGUGGCGGAGAAAGAGAUCGCGGCGGUGGCGAAGGCUGCCAAGGAGAAGCGAAAAAGGAAGGAGGAGGUGGCGGAAAGAGAGAAGGCCGCCGCUGCUAAGGCUGCCAAGAGCAACAAUAGAUUGAAGGAGGAAGAGAAAGAGAGGAAGAAGCCCGAGAAGGAGGAAGAGAAGGGCUCCAGAGGGUGCAUGUGUCUUUCUGCAAUUUGCAGCUCGGUUGAGAAAUGGAUGAAUGAUGCAUGAUAGAAGAGCUCUAUGACCGCCAGCCUUAUUCUUUAGGUAUGCCUAAUGAGAGAGGCGACAACUAGGGCAGGUCAAGAACUCAAGAUAGAGACAAUGCUGCUAUUAGAUGAAAUGAUAGUUUUGCAGUUAGCGCAUGUUGAGGAGGUUGAGGUCUUGCGACCAGUCCAGUCAAUAUUCAAUAAUCGCUCACAUGAUUUCAUCAGGGCACUUGAAGUAGUGUAUUUUCACUUAUAGUUGAACUAGCUUAUAACCCGACGGAGGAGCUGAGCUGAAUAUUAAAUCUACGGGUUAUCCCAAUAAUUCAAUAUUUGGCUCAGUUCCUCCGACCAACGGGUCGGGUUAUAGGCUAGUAUUCUAAAUAAACACCAAGAAGAAGAACGAAGAAGAAUAUCAUAUGAUUUCUAAUUUAACUUAUAGUCAAGAACUGUCGUUAAGAACACGUAACCCAACCGAUCUAACCUCGAUUUCAUCAUAGGCUCACCAAGGCAAAUUACCCAUCCAGAGCGUCAACUCCUUGAGUUGGUGGCUUAAGUAACCGACUUAAAAUUAUAAGGUGCAUGGUUUAAUUGAUAUAGUUAGUAUUUUGCUUUAAUUUAUCUAAAUAUGUCAUUAAAUUAAGUCAUUCACAUAUGCUUUGUGU